AUGGAGCUGCUGCUGGUAUUGUGCGUGCUGUCGCCAGCGAUAAUCGCGCAGCGAUACCACAAGACUGGGAAUCCGAACGACGAGCCGUUCCUCCCGAUUUACCCGGUAUUUCCGUACAGUCCAAAGCUGAUGAAAAGAGGAACGGACAGGGAGAUCAUUACCCAAUUAUCCCCGGAGCUCUACGCGCCGAAACUGGACGCGAGGGAUUCCUAUACGGCGAGUUACAGCAGCAAUUACCCGCGAGACUCUUAUUACUCUACGUACAACCCGUACCCGAAGAGUCCCUCGACGAGUACAUAUUCUCCAUAUUACGGCCCGGUGCCCUACACCUACACGACCCCCUACACGCCCUACUCAGCUCCUUACACACCCGCGACCUAUUCGGGAAGCCCUUAUUCAUCUCCGCCCUAUCCGAGCUACUACUAUCAACCGCCAUACUAUCCCCCCAACUAUUAUCCCCAUCCCUAUCCUCCUGGACCACCGGGUGAGUAUUCAGGACCAGGACCAAAACCCGAGCCCGACUCUUCGGACGCCUCCAACGAGAAAGACGAGAAGGACGAGAAGGAGGAGAAGGAGAAGACCCAGAGGAGCAAGAGCAAGGACUCGUCCUUGUCCAAUGGGAACCAGUUCGUGGAUGGAGGGAACUAUAUAUCGUCAAACGGAAAGGACUUGGAGAGCCAGUCCAGCACCUACAAGGCUCAGAGUCCGUACAACCAGCUGGUCCCGGUGCCGGAUUUCAGGAACCUGCCCAUCCCGGUACCCAGGACUACCUACCGGGUCAUCAGCGUUGGAGGGCAGCCUGUAGGACCAGACUAUCCCUUGCCGAGUCACUACGCCAAGGUGCAGCAGCUAGAACAGGCCAUGAGUCAGGCUCUGGCCAAGCUAUUGGCCCAGAGUAGCAACCAAGCGCCCCCUGAUGCGUCCUACGCAAACUACGACUCCAACAGAAAUACCCUGACCAAGCCUCAGGACGCCCAAUCCUACGUGACCGUACCUAACGUCAUUGCUAAGACGGGCUUGGUGUACACCGGGCCUCUAAAGGGUGACAACAGCCAGUACUACACCGCCAAUCCCCAUCUUAGGUCGGCAGAGCAACCCCAGGUCAUUCCCGUGACCUCGCUGGCCAAAGCCAGCUCCAAGUACCCCGAUAACCAAUAUAUGCAGAAAUCGGUAACCAGGAUGGCUAUGCAAGAACCCCAGGGAGUCUACAUUCCCCCGAAAAACAGCAAGAACCAGCCUUCUGAUGACUAUGGAGUAUAUGAGAACCAAGCCAGCCAGAACUACGACCUGCCUCAACAGAACUACCCGAUCCAGGGUCAGGGGCCCGUCUCGUACCAGCACCAGAAUCUCGUGUCGGUCCAGACCCCCCAAUCUCACAGUUACCAGUUCAACAGCUACCGCCCAUCACAGGCUUCUCAGCAGCAGCAGCAACAGCAGCAAUACAAAAUGACCAAUCUGGAGGACGUCAACUUCGGUGCUAAGACCAGUAAGGGGUAG